AUGGAGCCUAAGGCAGCCUUUGCCUUGCUUAUCCUUUUCAUACUGGUAUGGGUAACUGCAGGGUAUGGGCUUUCACAUCUGAUGAAAUCACGGACCGGUUCCGGAGCCAAUGCAAUGAUUAGGCUGUGCUUAGGUCUCGGACUCAUAGUGUCUCUUUUGCUCUAUAAUGGCCACACAACCUUAGCACUGGUGCUCUACAUCGUCUGUAUGGCUGCAUCUACUGCAAACAUUCUCAACCUUGAAACGCGAACAAAAUCUGCCAAACACACCAAAUGGAAGCCGUGGCUAUUAGGAACACAAGCACGUCUGUGCAUAACACCCUACUCAGAACAGUGCUUCUACAUUCCCAUAUUUUUCUUUCUAAUGAUUCCGCGGCUCCAGCCUGUGUCUUCAGUGAUCCAGGCAAUCAAUCCUCAAUCUAUCGACGAGCAAGCUACAUACAUUUCGCUAAUAGAUCCUGCAUUGGCUAUGCUCUUUAUCAUUCUUAGCUCGUGGUCUAACGUUACAAUCCGUCGCCAAGCUACACGAAAUACUCUUCGGUCGCUCUUUAAGCACUCCUGCCUUUACACUUGCCUAUUUAUUCAGUUUCUUCUAAACGACAACAAAAACCUCUUCCAUCAUGACACAAAUGUUUUCCGCAUUUUAACAUUCCGACGAUCCCUUAAUGUAUCCCAUCUAGAAUACUUUUCCAACGCCCUAUUGUUCAUUGCAACGCUGCUGGUUACCAUAGAACAGUUUCUCUCACGUGUUCCCCAGAAUUGGUAUGCUAAUUGCGUCUCUAUCCUUAAUUUGCUUUGCGGUUUGUUAGGGAUACACUUCCUUGUGCUCCCACCUGGAUCGACUGUUUCUUCUGGGACACUCAGUGUUCUUGUCCUUUCAUGCAUCAUGAUGGGUCAGUUGUUCGACUUAUUUGAUGGCCGUGUUGCAGAGAAGUGGGGUAGUACUAAGAACGGAGAGUUGUUUGACGAUGUGGCAGAUGCGACGUCUUUUGGAAUUGCCGUUGGUCUACUGAUCCAUCACAUCUCCAGCUCCUUCGUCCCUUAUAGCAGUGGCCUUUGGUCUAUAACACUUGCGGGGGUAUAUAUUUUCUGUGUGUUCUACAGGCUUGUCCGCUUCAUCCUAAAUAAGAGAGCCCAGCAGGUCAAGGGUGGGGUCUACUUCUUUUUCGGGCUUCCGUCGCCGGCUACAGCCACCAUGGCAGGCUUACUGUGCGUGCUAUUUGAGCAGGAUUGGACCUUGUCGCACUUUUGGUUUCGGACCCUUAAUCUCCCACUGCCGAUGCUCAAGCAAAUAACAUUUUCCACAUCAGUUCUAGUGCUUUGCUUGCUUACUAUUUCCAGUGUUCCUUACCCGCACCUUGGUCGCGUCCUCUACAGGAGAGGAGUGCUGCCUCAGUCUUUUCGGAUAUCGGUCGAGGCGUUGUUUGUUGUUUCGGCCAUUUAUGGGAUGUAUUAUCGAACUUCAAUUCUGAUACUAUAUUGUCUCGGGUCUUUCAGUGUUCUUUACCUAUUUACACCUGUUUAUGCAGACAAACUUGGGUGGUACAGCAGAGACUUCACAAUUAAGGAGAAACACGUUGAGACCAUAAUUCUAGCACAGCAAAAGAAAAUAGAAAGGUUGGAGCGGAUGUAUACCAGUGCCCUAGCCAAGCUCAAGAAGCUCAAUGCCAAAGUUUCUUCUUAUAACAACAGCAGCGCCAGCAAUAGCGAAGCAUCUUCUAAUGUAUUACCCGAGUGA